CCAUCAAAAUCCAAAGUACAAAUAUAGUGCAGUUAAUUUCAAUAACAAUUCGUUUUCUUGUUGUUAAUGAUUUUCUUGAAAAAAAAAAAAAACAAUUUUACUUCAAUUCAUGAUAGAGAAGCUAAAAGCACACAGAGUUGGCCGAGACUGAGGAAGAAAAAAAAGUCCCCCUAAAAAACAUGAGCAAGAGCAAGAUCAGUGAUGACGAUCGGAACAAAGAAAUUUCAUCCUCUCUAUCAUCAGCUCUCGAUUCCAGAUUCAAUCAGACGCUCAGGAAUGUUCAAGGUUUGCUCAAGGGACGGAGCUUCCCUGGUAAGAUAUUGAUAACCCGGAGAUCAGACCCUGUCGACCAACCAGUUUUGUACCCUCCAAACACUGCAAGGAAAUUGUCAGAGGAUUAUAUUGAAAAUGGCAAUGACAUGGAUGCCCCUCUUGAGGAUGAUUUUCGAAACAGAAACAAUACGAAUGCUAGUUCUUCAGUUACUCAGACAAAAUCUUCGAGUUCGAGUGGUGAAAGCACGUCAAAUGAGAUCCAUAAGUCCUCAAUGGGUGCUAGAUCUACAGAUUCUGCUAGGCUAACGAAGUUCACAAAGGAGUUGUCCGGUUCAAGUGUAAUUUUAGGUUUGUACCUCUCUCCUAUUCUCCAUUCAGCAAUGUUCUGUGAAGAUGAUAAGUUGCGUGAAUUAGCAUGGAGUGGUGUGCCACCAUAUUUGCGUCCAACCGUAUGGAGACUUCUCUUGGGAUAUGCACCCUGUAGUUCAGACAGAAGGGAAGGAGUUCUGAGGCGAAAGCGCUUAGAGUAUCUCGAUUACGUUACCCAAUACUAUGAUAUUCCCGACCGAGAGCGUACAGAUGAAGAGGUUAACAUGCUUCGUCAGAUUGCCGUUGAUUGUCCCAGAACUGUACCUAAUGUUACAUUCUUUCAACAAGCUGAAGUCCAAAAGUCACUGGAGCGAAUACUUUAUACUUGGGCCAUUAGGCAUCCUGCAAGUGGUUAUGUUCAAGGGAUAAAUGAUCUGGCGACACCCUUCUUGGUCGUUUUCUUAUCCGAAUACUUGGAGGGUAGUGUUGACUCUUGGUCAAUUUCCGAUCUUUCUUCUGAGAAAAUAUCAAAUGUAGAAGCCGAUUGCUAUUGGUGCCUGUCAAAGUUGCUUGACGGUAUGCAAGACCACUACACGUUUGCCCAGCCAGGAAUCCAGCGACUCGUGUUUAAGUUGAAGGAAUUGGUUAGAAGGAUUGAUGAACCCAUUUCGAGGCACAUAGAGGAACAGGGGCUUGAGUUUCUUCAGUUUGCUUUUCGCUGGUUCAAUUGCCUUCUUAUACGCGAGAUUCCAUUUCAUCUUGUUACUCGUUUGUGGGACACGUAUCUUGCUGAAGGGGAUGCAUUACCCGACUUUCUAGUCUACAUAUUCGCCAGUUUUCUUUUGACGUGGUCGGAUAAGCUGAGAAAGCUCGAUUUUCAAGAAAUGGUGAUGUUUCUUCAGCACCUCCCGACGAACAACUGGACAGAUGUCGAGCUUGAGAUGGUGCUUUCUCAAGCUUACAUGUGGCAUGCCAUGUUCAACAAGUCUCCUAGCCAUUUAGCCGGCUGACAAAUAAACUUGAAAUGCUGUUCAGAUUGAUUGAUUUAUUGUGUGCGUGUGUGUUCUUGGAGGCAUCUUGAGGUUUGGCUUUGAAUUUUGUUCGGCCAUGAACUGUAACUGUGUUGUAUUAUUUUCUUAUAGUUUCUUAUUUGUUCCAUAUAGAUUGGUGAUGGUAAUAUCUCAACUUUUUGCAGUUCUCAUGUAUAUGGGGGUGAGGAUGAUGGUGUGAUUUUGACGAGAAGUGAAAAUGGUUUUGAAAAAAUUGAGAAAACAUGAUUUAUUUUGGG